AUGGCCGCUUCGGGAAGACAGAACGGGACUACAAAGAUACCCAAGACACCAAAGAAAGCCAAACCAAAGGCACAAACCAAAGAAAAAAAGACCGAGCAAGAUGAAAUGGAAGCCCUACAGAUCACAUUUUAUGAAAUUGAAUCCUGGAUAGAAAAGACAACGCCUGUACUCACCAGGAUGACUAAAGAACUUGACAAGGCUUCUCACCAUUUUGAAAAACGUCGCAAGAAGAUAGACCAGGAAAAGCAAGAAAAGCAAGAACACCUGCACCCCGAACCAGAGUCAUCUCUCUCUUCGCUUUCACCACUUCCUCCGCCAUCAAUUCCGUCAACCCCACAAAUCCCAUCAAUCUCAUCAAUCCCAUCUAUACCAUCAAUUAUAUCGCAAGAACUGUGUGUGCUAGGGAAUGACGAGCUCCAGACCGACAACCCGAUGAAAUGGGCCCUUUCUUUUCAGCCAGGCAGUGCCCUCCGUUUAGAAACAAACAUCACCUCAAUCGAACAACUCAUUGAUGCCGUCCAAAAGAUCCGCUUGCUAUCUAAUCCAGAACCAGGAUGGACACCCGAUGACGAAGACGAUGAAAACAACAUCGUCCUGUGCUCAAAUACAAACACAAUGUCCCUGGCACUUGAACCAGAUACCCCAGAUGCAGCCGACUACUGGAAAGGUGCUCUACUCAAACGACCUCAGUACUGCCUCGAAGAUUAUAAACAUUGCGACAUGAACCUUGCUCGUCUCACUAAAGAUGUUUCCACUAGUGUACUCAACUACAUUUGCCAAAUUUAUUGGGAUUGUUUACAUCCGAAAUUCUCAGCCAAUGUACAAUCCUUUUGGGAGCGAUCAGGCGAUCCGAAACGCAAUCAAGUGUGUAUUGACUCUGAAUUCGCAAUAGUCUUUUUACAUGGAAUACGCCACCAAAAAAAUAUUUGUGCGAAUGCUCACGAGAUUGCAUGCUAUUAUUACGACCGUGCAAGAGAUGCUCUUAUGGAUUUUUUUGAUGCUCCAGAUUGCACUACAAUCGAGACUCUUGAGAAUCUUAGUAUAUUUUGCACACUCUGCAAACGUUAUUCCCAAGCACGCAUCUACAUUAGUCUUGCGAUGCGGAUGAUGAUCGAGUUUGGAAUGCACAAACGUGCGACUUUGCCUACUGAUCCCGUUUUACGCCGAAAAUACUUGAAGCUGCCUAUGGUCCUUUUCUACAAUGAUUUUACGUUGUCUACUUACUCGGGUGAACCUUCACAGUUUGACGACAAGAAUUGGGACAUUGACCUUUACGAAAUACUUGAACUCAAUAAAAAGAUGCCUGACCUGGAUGAUAGGACUCUGGCCAAAGAAGAAUUCUUUGUCCAUCAGCUGGAACUCAUAAAAAUCAACAAACGAAUCGUCUCGCUGGUCGAGGAGUAUAAAAGACAACAGCAUACUUUUCCAUUGGCAAACGAACUUCCUUCAAGGUGGGCCAAACGCGUCCAAGCGCACGAAGGCGCAUUGGCCGAGUGGUACGACCGAACUCCAGACUAUUUCCGCGUAGAUCCCCAGUCGACGGCGUUUUCAGCAGCAUCAGCAGGGGCAGCAACAGGACCAGCAGACCAGCAAUCUCACGGAAAAGGUGCGACACACCACGAUUCUAACAAUUGUGCACAGCCAAUUGAGGCACAGGCUAUACGCGACCAAUCUGCUUUGCUACUGAUGCUACAGUACCAGCACCAAUGGCUACUCCUUCACAAAACAUUUUUAAAUCCAACAGUCUCGUCAGCUUCUUCUACCUCUACCACAACAUCCAAUUCUCGAGAAGCAUCACCUCGUUUUUCUCAACGAUCCGAUAGUCCACUCUCCGCAAUAUACGUGGCACAAACAUCGGAUCGAUCGCAAGCCAUUUGCUCCGAUGCAGCUCACCGUAUUGUUGUAUUGGCGGAGAGGAUCAAUCAAUUGUAUAGAUGGUGCGUCUGCCAGCAGUUUGUGAAUUGUAUUUACAAUGCAUCAACGAUUUACUGCCGUAUGGCUCUUGUCAAAGACGAGAACAGUCGUCGCACAGCUACGCGUAUGAUCCAGCGUGUGCUAUGUAUUCUGGCCACAGGCUGUAAUCGUUACCAAGGCCUACCAAAUGAUCUCACCGAGUCACUCAAUGAAUUCCUGCUGACUAAUAAUCUCGUAAAUAAUAAGUGCAAGAUAGAGUAUAACAACGAGGACUACCAAAAUCAACAUCAAUAUCAACAUCAACAUCAAUACCAAUACCAACAGGAGCCAGAGUGUGCAGAAGAGAGUACCAGUGUAGACGAAAAGCAAUUCCAAGAUAACUUGCCGAAUUCCCCAAGUAUGCAUGCACAUUGUCUCAGUCUUUAUAGACAACAAAAGAAACAUAGUCGCCAACGUUCGUCUCUAGCUGGUUCACCUAAAGCCGACCCGUUUGUGGCUAUUCAUAUAGAUGACCUUGAUGAAGAAAAGAAGAAUUGGAGAAGCAUUGGGUGGGUAUUCAAGUACAACCAAUCUCAUUUAGUCUUAACCCGUCGUAGAUACAAAUACUCGUCUCCAAAUGCAACCCAACCAAUCCAUCGCAUCAUGUAA